AUGAAACGUCCGUCCGCCGCCACAAGCCGGAAACGUCCAUCAGCCUUCGCUCGCAGCUCUCACCGGAAAGCUUGUGUCAAGGAUCAAAAAGUUCUCAAGACCUACACCUUCCCUGGUGACGACUGCCCUAUGUGCGGUAAGCGACUCUAUGCCAGAACGGACAAGAACGUGAAGGCUAUUCUCAUUGGGGGAGAAACCAUUGCGAAUGUACAGACUGCGUCCAAGGCAUAUGCAGUGGCACGACGAUCUCCCUCGGUGCCUCUCCAGUUCAACCUCGGAUACCCGGCCAGCCACAUCGUGAAAUUGAACAAAGUUUUGACCUUUCCUCCCACUCAGACUGUCAAUGCCAUCUCGUUCGACGGUCACUUCGGGCUCCACAGAAACCUUUCCAAAUGCGAUGCUCCACGGACAGUAAAGCUUAAAGGUCAUCCCAUGAAGCUCAAGCUGUUGAAGGACGACGAACGCAGUUGUUCUUGCAAGCGGAAGGAUGUUGGUCGAGCAGCCCUACCUCAGCGGACCGCAGGUUGGCAUUUCGCCGUCGACCCAGACUCAAGACGAGUGCUAGGAGCGGUAGAGCAUGUACAGAACGAGUGCAAUGCUGACAAAAUCACUCUCCUGAAGCCAGUUCUGAGUAUGCAGAAUGUCACAGCCACUCUGCUGAUCCAUGAUGACAUGUGCCAUUUUGAAACUUUCGCCAAGAAGCACCAUGCGAAGCUUGUCGCAAAUGUGCGGCAUUUCGUGAUCGAUGCGUUUCAUUGCCCCAACCACACGUGCGCAAAGCGGGUGUGGACAGCCGCCGAGAAAAAGCGGUGCAAGAAUGUCUGGACCAAUGUUUCUGAAAGCUUUAAUGCAUGGGUCCGCGGGCUCAAUUUCUUUGUAAACAAUCUUCGACCACUGUCACAUAGGUUUUGGGUCGAGGAGAUGUGUCGUUUCUACAACGACAAUUUGCAGUCUGUGCCGAUCAGGAUCCGCAGACGGACUAAUGUUUUGGGGCGGGCCCGCAAGGUGCUGAAGCGCCCGUCGGCUGUCCGUGCUCGAAAGAACAACUAG